CUUGGGGAAGAAGGCGGUGGCGGUGAAAGGCGGGGGCGCCUUGGGGGCCGGACCCGUGUUUACACAGCGGCGAGCGGGCGCGGACGCGGAACCCGGCGCGGCGGCGGCACGAUGGUCAUGGCGCAUUUCGUCGAGAAUUUCUGGGGGGAAAAAAAUAGUGGCUUUGAUGUCCUUUACCAUAAUAUGAAACAUGGACAGAUAUCGACAAAAGAACUAGCAGAUUUUGUAAGAGAAAGAGCUACAAUAGAAGAGGCGUACUCCAGGUCAAUGACAAAACUAGCAAAAUCUGCAAGCAAUUAUUCACAACUUGGAACAUUUGCACCAGUGUGGGAUGUGUUCAAAACAUCUACAGAGAAAUUAGCUAAUUGUCACUUGGAUCUUGUUAGAAAAUUACAAGAAUUAAUAAAGGAAGUUCAGAAGUAUGGAGAAGAACAAGUAAAGUCUCAUAAAAAGACUAAAGAAGAAGUUGCAGGAACUCUGGAAGCUGUUCAAACCAUUCAGAGCAUAACUCAGGCUCUCCAGAAAUCCAAGGAAAAUUACAAUGCCAAGUGUGUAGAACAAGAACGUUUGAAAAAGGAAGGAGCUACACAAAGGGAAAUAGAAAAGGCAGGUGUUAAGUCUAAGAAAGCUACAGAUACCUAUAAACUCUAUGUGGAAAAAUAUGCAUUAGCGAAAGCUGAUUUUGAACAGAAAAUGACAGAAACAGCUCAGAAAUUUCAAGACAUUGAAGAAACUCAUCUCAUUCACAUAAAGGAAAUUAUAGGAUCCUUGUCAAAUGCUGUAAAGGAAAUUCAUUUGCAAAUAGGCCAGGUCCAUGAAGAAUUUAUAAAUAACAUGGCUAACACUACAGUUGAAAGUUUGAUACAAAAAUUUGCUGAAUCAAAAGGCACUGGGAAGGAAAGACCUGGCCUUAUUGAAUUUGAAGAAUGUGACCCUGCUAGUGCAGUUGAAGGUAUAAAACCAAGGAAAAGAAAGACUUUUGGUUUGCCAGGAAUAAUAAAAAAGGAAAAGGAUGCAGAGUCUGUGGAAUGCCCUGAUGCAGAUUCACUUAACAUUCCUGAUGUAGAUGAAGAAGGCUAUAGUAUAAAACCAGAAGCAAAUCAGAAUGAUACCAAAGAGAACCAUUUCUACUCAUCUAGUGAUUCUGAUUCUGAAGAUGAAGAACCAAAGAAGUACCGAAUAGAAAUUAAACCUAUACAUCCAAAUAAUUCACAUCAUACAAUGGCUUCCUUGGACGAAUUAAAAGUAUCUAUAGGAAAUAUAAUGCUCUCUCCAGCAAUAUCUAGACACAGCCCAGUGCAGAUGAAUCAGAAUUCGUCUAGUGAAGAGUUAACAAAAUCGAAACCAUCUGCUGCAUCCAAUGAGAAAGGGACCAGUGAUUUAUUUGCUUUGGACUCCCUGUUUGGACUUUCUCUUGAUUCAUGUUCUUCAGCUUCGUUAACUUCAUCGUCAUCAUCAGCCAGGCCCACAACUCCUCUUUCUGUAGGCACCAUUGUCCCACCUCCAAGGCCUGCUUCCAGACCAAAGCUUACUUCAGGCAAACUCAGUGGGAUUAAUGAAAUACCCAGGCCAUUCAGUCCACCUGUAACUUCCAAUACAAGCCCACCUCCUGCUGCUCCUUUAGCCCGGGCAGAAAGUUCUUCGUCUAUCUCAUCUUCUGCUUCAUUGAGUGCUGCCAAUACUCCAACAGUAGGUGUGUCACGAGGUCCCAGCCCUGUCAGUCUUGGAAAUCAGGACACCUUACCUGUGGCAGUCGCCCUUACAGAAUCUGUUAAUGCCUACUUUAAAGGAGCAGAUCCCACCAAGUGUAUUGUGAAGAUUACUGGUGACAUGACAAUAUCAUUUCCAAGUGGAAUUAUUAAAGUCUUUACUAGCAAUCCAUCCCCAGCUGUGUUAUGCUUCAGGGUGAAAAAUAUCAGCAGACUAGAGCAAAUUCUUCCAAAUGCACAACUUGUCUUCAGUGAUUCAUCACAGUGUGAUUCUAACACAAAAGAUUUUUGGAUGAACAUGCAAGCUGUUACUAUCUACCUCAAGAAACUAUCAGAGCAAAAUCCAGCUGCUUCUUAUUAUAAUGUAGAUGUAUUAAAGUAUCAGGUAUCAUCAAAUGGUAUUCAGUCCACUCCUCUAAAUCUUGCAACAUACUGGAAAUGUAGUGCUGGCACCACAGAUCUGAGGGUGGAUUAUAAGUACAACCCAGAAGCUAUGGUGAUACCAAGUGUGCUUUCCAACAUACAGGUGGUGGUACCAGUGGAUGGAGGGGUCACAAACAUGCAGUCCCUUCCCCCUGCAAUAUGGAAUGCAGAACAGAUGAAGGCCUUUUGGAAACUGUCUGGUGUUUCAGAAAAAUCAGAAAAUGGAGGUUCUGGGUCCCUAAGAGCAAAAUUCGAUCUUGCAGAAGGACCCAGUAAACCAACAACACUUGCAGUGCAAUUCCUCAGUGAGGGAAGCACCCUCUCAGGAGUGGAUAUUGAACUUGUAGGCACUGGCUAUAGGCUUUCCUUAGUAAAGAAGCGGUUUGCCACUGGACGAUACCUGGCGGAUUGUUGAUGGACCUAGCAAAGUGGUUGGCUCAAGGGAGUAGUACAAACCUGCUAUUCUGCUUUAUCUGUUCUUUCCAAACACUAUUCUAACUUGUAUUAUGUCUUUAAAAUGUAGACAUAUUUGAGAGCUGACUGUAAAUAUUAAAUUGCACCUUUGAAGUGAGUCAUCAAAAGAAAUAGCACUGAAAUUAUUUCAACGCUGUAAAUGAUCAACUACAAUAUUCAGAAAGCAUGUUGAUUCAGAUUCUCAGUACAAAGUUUUCAUAGGCUGAAAUUUUAAAUUAUCUUCAGUGUCUAUAUUUGAAAAAAAGGGGGUUUAUAGUGUAAUAUCAGGCCUAAAAUUUCAGGAGAGCAAGCACAAAGUAAUUUAGCUUUCCAUAAAUUUUUAGAGUCAAAUAGUUCUGAAAUUUUGUAAGUUUGAUGUUGAAUGGAUAUAAACAUAACAUGAAUUCUAAGUUUUGGAUAAUGUUAAUGUAAAACACUCAAUCAGAUUGAGUUAUGUGCCAUAAUGUAAUCAGACCAGAGUCCGGGUUGUAUGCAAAAAAUUUAUCAUUUGAUUUUUAUAAACAUAUAACUGUAAGUGGUGUUUUAUAUGAUUUUUUAAAUCCUGAAGUGCAAUGUGUUUUAAAAUAAGCUUGCAAAAGACAGCAGAGAAAUUUACUUCUGCAGUUAGUUAACUUUAUAGAAGUUCUGAUGGUUUUGAUGAAUUAAUGCUGUAGAUUUAAUUUAUUUUUAUAUGGAUUGCAUAAUGUGUGCCUUUUAAAACAAUAACAUGCCAGAAAUGUGCCUAUCCACUUUGUUCAUAAAUGUGCCUCACUUUUCUUCUCUGGGUCUCUGGAUCUUCUGUGCAGUCUUAACAGUGAUUAGGCAUUUUUACAAAAUAAUUGCAAUUUUUAUAAAUAACUUUGGCUGGAAUGGG